AUGACGGACAUAUGUUACCGUUGCCAAAAACCAGGGCAUCGUUCCAAUGUUUGUCCAGAGCGGAAGCAGGCUAACGUUAUCGAAGAAGUCGAUGAUGAUGAGGAAAGAGAUGCAGUCGGUGAAGAUGAUUAUGCAGGGGCUGAAUUUGCAAUUGAGGAAGGAAUGGAGAGGAUUACCUUGGUUUUGCAGAGAGUUCUUUUGGCACCAAAGGAGGAAGGGCAGCGUCAUAAAAUUAGUGGAGCAUUUGCAGCUACCACGGAGCCACAUGUCAGCCCUUACUCACUAGGUUGGGUUACGAAAGACCCUUCGGUUCGUGUUGCUGAGACUUGCCGUGUGCCGCUGUCAAUUGGGCGACCUUGGCAAUUUGAUGUGGAUGCAACUUUCAAGGGACGAGAUAAUGUAAUUCUGUUUUCUUGGAACAACUGCAAAAUUGCAAUGGCAACUACAAAGCCCUCAAAACAAUCUGUUGAGCCCAAGACGAGGAGUUCUAGUUUCUUAACCCUAAUUAGCAGCGAGCAGGAGUUGAACGAGGCUGUCAAAGAAGCGGAGUGUUUUUGUCCCUUGGUGUUGAAGGGGUUGUUGCAGCUUGGCAGAGGAGGAGAAAGUGACAUUCCACAAGACGUGCAGCAGAUUUUGUCACAAUUUCAGGAACUACUUUCUGAAAAGCUGCCAAACGAGUUACCACCUAUGCGGGACAUACAACACCGAAUUGACUUGGUGCCUGGAGCUAGCCUUCCGAAUCUGCCCCAUUAUCGGAUGAGCCCCAAGGAGAAUGACAUCCUAAGAGAGCAGAUUGAAGAAUUACUGCAGAAGGGAUUUAUCAGGGAGAGCUUGAGUCCCUGCGCAGUUCCAGUUUUGUUGGUUCCAAAGAAAGACAAAACUUGGCGAAUGUGUGUUGACAGCCGAGCAAUCAAUAAGAUAACAGUCAAGUACAGGUUUCCCAUUCCACGGUUGGAGGAUAUGUUGGAUGUUCUUGGCGGCUCAAGGGUGUUUUCCAAGAUAGAUUUGCGAAGCAGUUACCACCAGAUUCGCAUCAGACCUGGCGACGAAUGGAAAACAGCGUUCAAGAGCAAGGACAGAUUAUUUGAAUGGUUGGUGAUGCCAUUCGGAUUGUCUAAUGCGCCUAGCACUUUCAUGAGACUCAUGUAUCAGCACCACAAAAGAAGAACAUCUUGUGCAUUUGAGACAAGUCUUAGAUGUUUUGAGAGAAAACAAGCUGUAUGUGAACCUAAAAAAUGUACUUUCUGCACAAAUAAGCUACUGUUCUUGGGUUUUGUUGUUGGUGAGAAUGGUAUCCAAGUAGAUGACGAGAAGAUCAAGGCAAUCCUUGACUGGCCAGCUCCAAAGACAGUCUCUGACGUUCGAAGUUUCCAUGAGUGCUUGAAGAAAGGCCGGUUCAGCUGGGGAGAGGAGCAAGAGAGAAGCUUUGCAGAUAUAAAAGAAAAGCUUUGCACCGCGCCGGUUCUAGCUCUUCCAAACUUUGAGAAAGUAUUCGAAGUUGAGUGUGAUGCCAGCGGAGUGGGAGUCGGAGCUGUGCUUUCACAAGACAAGCGGCCAGUUGCAUUCUUUUCUGAAAAGCUGAGCGAUGCACGUCAAAAGUGGAGUACUUAUGACCAAGAGUUCUAUGCGGUGGUUCGAGCUUUGAAGCAAUGGGAGCACUAUCUUAUCCAGAAGGAAUUUGUUUUGUUUACAGAUCAUCAAGCGUUGAAGUAUAUUAACAGCCAGAAAAAUAUUGAUAAAAUGCAUGCUAGAUGGGUGACUUUUUUGCAGAAAUUCUCAUUCGUUAUCAAGCAUACUUCCGGCAAGACAAAUCGUGUGGCGGAUGCGCUGAGUAGAAGAGCUUCAUUGUUAAUCACGUUGACUCAAGAAGUUGUGGGGUUUGAAUGUCUGAAGGACUUAUAUGCGGGUUAUUUGUUCAAAGGCAACCAGUUGUGUAUUCCAGUUUCCUCUUUAAGGGAGAAGCUUAUUCGGGACUUGCAUGGUGGAGGAUUGAGUGGCCACCUAGGCCGUGAUAAAACAAUUGCAGGGAUGGAGGAGAGAUUUUACUGGCCACAGCUCAAACGAGAUGUUGGAACUAUUGUGCGCAAAUGCUACAUUUGUCAGACUUCAAAGGGGCAAGUACAAAACACUGGAUUAUAUAUGCCAUUACCAGUUCCUAACGAUAUUUGGCAGGAUCUUGCUAUGGAUUUUGUCCUCGGUUUGCCCCGAACACAAAGGGGAGUGGACUCUGUAUUUGUGGUGGUUGAUCGGUUCUCAAAAAUGGCGCAUUUCAUAGCCUGCAAAAAGACUGCUGAUGCAUCAAAUAUAGCCAAACUGUUUUUCAGGGAGGUUGUUCGCUUGCAUGGGGUUCCUACAUCCAUUACAUCUGAUCGUGACACCAAGUUCUUGAGCCAUUUUUGGAUCACCUUAUGGAGACUGUUUGGGACUACUUUGAAUCGUAGCAGCACUGCCCAUCCCCAGACUGAUGGCCAGACUGAGGUUACAAACUGGACAUUGGGCAAUAUGGUACGAAGUGUCUGUGGAGAGAAGCCAAAACAAUGGGAUUAUGCACUACCACAGGUGGAGUUUGCAUAUAACAAUUUGGUGAAACUGCCUAGAGGCCAGCAAACCAGUGUGGCAGCGAAAAAUUUGGCUGAGGAAGUAGUAGCUAUUCGUGAUGAAGUCAAGCAGAAACUUGAGCAAACUAAUGCUAAGUACAAGGCUGCUGCGGAUCGACAUAGGCGUGUUAAAGUGUUUCAAGAAGGUGACUCUGUGAUGAUAUUUCUGAGGAAGGAGAGGUUUCCAGUUGGCACAUAUAGCAAGCUUAAACCGAGAAAAUAUGGUCCUUACAAAGUGCUCAAACGGAUCAAUGAUAAUGCCUAUGUUAUUGAGUUACCGGAUUCCAUGGGAAUUUCCAAUACUUUUAAUGUUGCAGAUUUAUAUGAGUUCCGUGAAGAUGAGGUCCUUUAUCCAGAUCAUAACUCAGGGGUCGAGUUCUUCGGAGGUGGAGGGGACUGA